AAUUCAGCUCGUCUUAUUCGCAGUUCUGUAUUCGGUCUGGACAAUGCUGGCAAGGUGCGCGCAAAGUUCGAGUUUCCGGCAAACAACUUAGUGGUAACUAGUGUUGAUAUCCAGUCGGUUGAACCCAUUGACCAGCGUACAAGAGAUGCCCUACAUAAAUCUGUUCAACUUGCUAUUGAGAUUACUACAAAUUCUCAAGAAGCAGCAGCCAGGAUCAUUGACUGA